GUUUUGCUUGGGCGUUUCGUUUCAUUUUAGGUAACUUUGGAUUAGCGUAUUCGGCCCUCAAGUUACAUUCGCGCGCAGUAGCUGAAUCCUGAGUGCAUCAAGUUAUCGUACCAGGAAAUAAAAGCUCACAGCCCCUUCGUGUGAUCGGAUCAGAUUUAGAAUGAUGGAAUCCUGGUCUCCCCCCUUUUCCUCUGUACUUCGUUAAACAAGCUAGAGAAGAAAAAAAAUAGACAAUUCUUUCACUUGUGAUAAGUUGCGGUUUUCGGCUUUUCGGUUCUUCGGUUCUGUACGCAGUGUAUCACAAGACGGUAUCAAUAACAGCAUCAGCCGUAUAGACACAAAUGGCCUCAAUGGGGACGAGGUUUCAGCAAGAGCAGCCAGAUCUCGAAGUUGUUCCCCCGGAAACUGGGCUAUACCCUUUACCGACGCCUCCCCUUGCCGCAGCGACACGCGAAUCCUCGCCGAAAGAGCAGCCGGGUGGUAUAGGUUUAGACGGCACUCAACCGACUUUACCUCAAAUUGAAAGCCAAACUGCCAAAGGUUCGAAGAGAACAAUAUUAGGUCUCUCUGUACCAGUGUUCUGGGCCGUGGUCGUGGUGCUUGUGAUCCUCCUUGCUGGGGCAAUUGGCGGUGGCGUGGGCGGCGGGCUUAGCGCACAGCGGAAAUCCGUAUCGGAUCCAAAAGCUUCAAGCGGCAACAACAGUGAUUCCGGCGACGGCAAUUCUAACAACGGCAAUUCUGGCGACGACAAUUCUAGCGACAGCGAUAGUACAACAUCAUCGGCCGUCCCCACCGCCACGCCAUCACCAACAUCAUCCUCGCCGACGGAUUCACUGGUUCCCACAGACGGCUGUCCAGGGGUCAACAACCAAGUGUAUACACCCUUCUCGGCGGACGGGAAGCCCAUACCAAUACGGGCCGGUCAGGCACCGCAGAAAUUUCAGGAGCAAUGCUGGACGAACUGGGCAAACACUGAUUCAACGCACGACAUCCUGCGGACAUACACCCCGACACUAGAGAAUUGCCUUUCGGUGUGUGCGGAAUACAAUAAAGCGUAUGCGACGAACCUCAGGAAUAAUGUAGGCGUGGGAGGUGGCUUUUGCGUUGCUAUCACAAUUGUGAAAGAACACGCAGGGUUCUGCUACUUGAAGAAUGGCACAGGUACUAACGAUACGAUGGGAAGCCCUAACUCAUACUCUAGCGCUCUUUUGUUGACAAGUACGGAGUAGCAGGCCGCAGCUUUCAUUCAAUUAUGAAGACAUUGCGGUCUCUUUACUAGCGCUCCGCCAACUAGGUAUCAUGGGUGCCUUUAUUUAUAAAGCGCUCCCCGCAGACUAGCAAAGGUUAGUGGUUUAAUGCCGGUUAUAGAUCGGCGUGAGCCAUUACGACAGCUAUAGGGCUUGAUUCGUGCACAGGCAGGGAGUGCAGAAGUGGUUCUAGAGUCAGUAUCAGUGUAGGUAUGGUUUGACGGUAAAAGUGUGUCGCGAUUCAGUCUGAGGAGAUAUUUGAGAAUGAGCAUAAA